AUGUCUGCGAGGCCACCACAAUCCACCAACCCCAACAAAGCCUUCCUGCGCUGCGACGGAACUCUCAACCUUCUGAGCUGCUCCAGGUCCGGCGCUGGGGCAGAGCGGCGGCGGCGGCGGGGUGACGCCGCGGCCCGUCCCUCCUGCGGCGGGCGGGCCUCCGGCGGGCCCCGCGGGCGCUCGGCUGCCACCGCCCCGGGCGGGGGAGGUCCCGUCCUCGCUGAGGAGGAGGAGGAGGAGCGCAGGUCGGGGUCGAAGCCGGCGCAGUGCAGGCCUCCAGGCCUCGCGGCGUGGCGGCCUAGCGGGCUCGAGGCUUCGGCGGAGGCGCGCGCUUGCGGCCCGGCGUGUACAGAGGGCAGCCCCGCGGCGGCGGGUCUGCCCGCGCGCCCCCGCGCACACAAAAGGGCUUCCCCGCGCAGUUGCCAGGGCCUCCACGUGGAGCCGGAGCAGAGCCCAGGCAUGUUGCACGGCGUCGUUUCAAAGAUCACCACGGCAGGCUUUGG